AUUUCCCCCAAAAUCCCACCGAGGAGUGGCCAUUCAAAGCCCGCCAGCAAGCCAAUCGAAUUUACCAAAUUUUUUAUUUGUUUAUUGGUUAUUUGGUGGAACGUGCGUGGCAUUUGAAUCUCGAGUUCAAACGUGAAAUUCUUCGCCAAAUCGCCUAUAUGGCCAAUAUGUACAUUAGGUGUUUAUUUAAUGGCCAGCUUAACGAUAAUGGGACACUUUGGCCGGCAUGAGGGCCCCAAAGAGCAGUGAUUUAGAUCGGGCCAGAUUUUUAACAAAAUUUGGAGGAGGAAGUCCCUGAGGGAGAUGGCAGUACAACAAACAAACUAGAAUCCCCAGCAACACACCCGGCAACCGGGCAAAUAAACUCAACUAACAAACCCCACUACUUCCAAAUAAUAUUCCCCAUUUUUCACCCAGACGGGACUGUGAGGAGUACUCCCCUCAGCACAUAUCACUUUAUAUAUCUUUUUUGUUAUUCACCGACCAUCAGGAUGACUCUCAAGAUCGGAAUAUGCACCAAGUCGGACCUCGACGAGGCGAUGAAGCUGCAGAAGCGAGAGCAGUACGAGGCGGAGCGCAAGAGUCGCAUCUUCAACGCCAAGCAGCGCCUCUACGGGCUCGAUCUUGAUACUCUGGAGCGUCAGAUCCUGGAGAAGAAGAAACAGCAGAGCGACCAGCAGACACGCGACAAGCUCUUCGAGGAGCAGGAGCAGCUGCAGAAGCGUCUGAUCUCGGCCCAGGAGAGGGAGCUGGAGAAGAAGCAGCGGGUGGCCGACUCCGAUCUCAACUACUACCGGUGUCGCUAUCAGCAGAAGGAGCAGCGUCGCGAGUUCGACCUAAACGACCCGAACUUCCUCAAGAAGGCGAGACCGACUCGGAUCGCCGAUGACGACAUCAACUUGGGGGUGUCCAGUGCCCAGAUCUUCCACGGCGAGGAUCUGUUCAACUUGGAGCGAAAGGUGCGACAGCGGGAGCAGCAACGCGCCUGGCUGGACCAGCAGAUUGCCGAGCGGAAGCAGGCCAAGGAGGCCCGCAAGAAGGCCGAGAACAUGCUGAUGGAGAGCGUCGUCUGUCGCGACAAUCUGCUCCAGGAGAUGGCCAAGUCGGAUCACAUGAUGCGCAACCAGGUGAUCCAGCGGACCCGGGAGUUCAACAUCAACAUGGCCAAGCAGAAGCAGCUGGACCGCGACAGGGCCAAGCGCGAAAAGUACGAGGACGACAUGGCCGAGAUCUACAACAUGCUCUCCAGCGACAUGCUAACCGAGAAUCCCGAUGUGGCCCAAUCGAAGACUGAUCCCAACAAGAAGAUCGCCUUCAUGUAUCGCGGCAUGACGCCGGAGGAGUUGCGGGUCUUCCGGCUGGGUCAGGACCAGCAGCUCAAGUUGUCCACCCAGCGCAAGGUCGAGGCCCAGAUGAUGGACAAGCAGUGGGAGCAGUAUGCCAUCAAUAUGGAUCGCACUCUGGUCCUCCAGCAGAUCGAUGUGGACAGGCAGCGUAAGGCCCAGUUCGAUGAACUGAUGCGCGCCAAUGCCAAGCUGGCUGUGGAGCAGGAUCAGCAGCGCAAGGAUGCCUUGGUGGCUCUCAGCAAUGCCGUCUCCGAUGACUUUUAUGAUCAGUUCAACAGGAACUCACGUUAGUUAAGUUACUUUUGACCAUUUUUCAGCA